ACUCCGUAAUCUAUAUAAGGAUCUUUCAUGUAUCUGACAAUUUAAUCUAAAAUCAUAAUCAAUGAGAUAUUUUAUUUUGUUAUCUUAUUAUUAAAUUUAUUUUUCAGUACAUAUUAUCAGGAGACACGAAAUUGUUUUUUUCAGGUUUCCUAUUUUAAAAUAGAGAAUAAAUUUUCAUCAAAAGAGGACAAGGAAACCUUAAAACUUGACCUGAAGAUAAAAAGAACUCGAUUCUAUUUUUUCUCUUUUAAAAAUACAAAAAAAUAUACCCUUGACCUACUCAACACUAAACGUGUUCCCAUGGAUGAUGCUAAAACAGUUAAAGAUAUAGUAAGUGACGAUGGUUACCAACUAGAAACACAUUAUGUGGAAACUGAAGAUGGCUACAUUUUAGAAAUGCAUCGAAUUCUUAAAGUCACUGAAAAUAUUUAUAAAAAAUAUCCCGUUUAUAUAAAACAUGGUCUUGGAGAAUGUUCAGUUUUAUUUUUACUGUCUGGUCCGAAUCGAGCAAUAGCUUAUUUACUAGUUGACAAAGGAUAUGAUGUGUGGCUUGGAAACAAUAGAGGAAACAUGUUCAGUAAAAACCACUCCACUUUCUUGUCGACAAGUUUUGGAUUUUGGAAUUUCAGUUGGCACGAGAUUGGCCUUUAUGACGACUCUGCAAUGAUGGACUACAUUCUGCAACGAACAGAAAGCAAUAAGUUGUUUUACAUCUGCCAUUCGCAGGGUUGCACAGAACUCUUUGUUCUUCUAUCACUUAGGCCAGAAUAUAACAAAAAAAUACAAUUAGCUGUAAAUUUAGCUCCAGCAGUUUUUACGAAACACUUGUCUGGAAUUACGGGACUAGCAUCUCCAUUUUCUCACAUUGGUUCUUACAUUUUUGAAACAUUUGGCCACGUGGAUGCACUGGACGGAUCGACCUGGCUCAGAAUUGUAACAAAUUUUUUUUGUGCUAAGACUAUGAUUACUCAGCCAAUUUGCAGAUUGGUCUUGAACUCAGUAGAGGGAUUCAGUUCCUUCAAGAAAGAUGUAAAUAUUUUAAACAAGUUUCUUAUCUAUUUUCCAUCUGGAGGAUCAACCAAGCAACUGUUCCACUAUGGAUUUGGAGCCCAUUCUCCAGCUGAAUUCCGACAGUACGAUUAUGGGCGUAAGAUUAACGAAAAAAUUUACAAUUCGAGACUACCUCCCAAGUAUUCUUUAGAAAAAGCGACUUUACCAGUAGCAAUACUUUAUGGCUCAAGGGAUUUUUUAGCCGCGCCUAAGGACGUUGGCUUAUUGAUAAAAGUACUUCCAAAUGUAAUUUAUAGUAAAUUAAUUAAAGGAUAUAGUCAUUUCGAUUUUUUAAUUGGAAUCAAUGUGCGAAGCAAAGUUUACGAAAAAACUUUAGAACUGCUCGAAAGAUAUGAAAAGAAUGAAAGAAGUUAAUAAAAAUUAAUUUCAUAAUUUAUAUUUAAUUAUUUUGAUUAAAAGAAUUCUAAUGCAUAUUCGAAUAUUUUUAGUGGUUUUUUUAUUUUCAUUGGUAAAUGAAUUGAAAUAUUAAAUUGGAUAUUAGAAUUAGAAUUUCUUUAUUUGUUCAAGGAAAUUUAGUACUCAAUUAAAAAUAAUUUUUAUUUUACAAUUUCUACAAUUAAAAUGUUUUAAUCAAUUAAUUGUGCCGCAGCGUGCAAUGACUGUAUCACUGCAGCUGCGCCUGGCCUGUCUGUCUGUCUGUCCGAAUCGAAAUAUCUACUUCGACUUGCGCGGUGGGGACUAGAUUUGGCAAAUAAGUAGAUAUUGCGGUUUGGGGCAGACAGUCCGAGCGCAGCUGCUAUUAUCGCUUAUUUUCAAAGUUGUCAGUAAAUUAAUUUCCCUUUUGCUUAUUUCUCAUAAACUUGGUCCUAUUGUAUAAUAAUCAAGAAAAUAACAAUAUUGUAAUAAAUAAAAAUUAAACAAUA